AUGAAAGCGGCUGUAAGCUGUUGCAAAGUUUCAAGUGGACUAGUCUCCUACAGAUGGAUCAGCUGCAGUAGCGCAACUUCUUCAAUGUACGAUGCUCGAGUGUUUCGUGAUCCAAUUCUCGAUACCAACGAGGUUUUCAUAUUUUUCUUAAUUUUAAAUUUUUUGGGACUGGAAAAAUUGGAAUAAUCCGACGUUACCAACAUGUUUGAUUUUCAGCAUGAAAGUAUAACCAUUCGAUCCGUCUCGUCGAGAUACGUACGAAUAUCAUAAAACUAUUUGGCGCUAGUAAGAAGAAAUAAAUUUAUGGUGCGCAAAACACAGAAAAAAACUCCAAAAAUUUCAAAAAUUUCGCUGUAUUUUUCGACGCUGAUUCAAUUCAACUAUCGCUACUACGCCAUGAAAAGAAAAAACUUUUUAAAUCAGGAAAAACAGGAAAAAUAUUCGAAAAAAACAAUGCAAAAAUGAGAAAUCACAUUAAAAAUAACCGACCGCGUCAAAGUCCGCGCUUACGCACAGUAUGCUCCUUUAAUAUUUUUCUUUCUUUUUUUUGGGAAAUACAUUUUACAGAUUUUUUCGCUACGCGUGUCUAGUUUGCAAAUCGUUUAAAGCUACCUGAUAGUGUUUUUUAGUGUCCACGUUUUGAAACUACAUGAUUUUUAUGUCAGCUAUUUCAUUUAUUUGACGAAUUGUUCACUGUGGCUCAGUUUUUUCGAAGCGAGCCACAGUCGGCUUCGCGCUAUGCGCGCUCCGCCUCCGUGUGAAGCCUAAGCCUAUUUUCUUAACUAAUGCAUUAAAAGAAAAAGCAAACACUUCUAUUCCUCAGAAAAAUUACUUGAUUGAAAACUGAUAAAGUUCAUCUUAAUAUUUCCAAAGUGGUCAGCGCCAAAUAAUUUUAUGAUAUUCGUACGUAUCUCGGCGAGACGGAUCGAAUGGUUAUACUUUUAUGCUGCAAAUCGAACAUGUUGGUAACGUCGGAUUAUACCGAAAAAUUUUCAUUUCGCAAUUGCUUCUUAAAUGGCAGGCCAAUGUUAUUGGGGAAACCAUUUAAUUUUCAGCUCAGAAAACCGUUGAACGCUGAUGACGAACGCAAUUUCCUGUUCGUUAAAAGUAUGAAAAGCGAUGAAACUCCAGUUUUCUACAGAGAUCACGUGGUUGGUUUUUUUUUGUCUCACAAUUUUCCUUUUGAUUAUUAACCAGUUAGCUCAAAAUACAUUGCUAUUAAAGUAGUAUAGAGACAUUUUAAUGAGGUCUUUGGGGGAGAAAGUUUUUUUGAUGUUUCAUUUCAUGUCAAAGUUCACUUCACCAAGGAUUUGAAAAAGAAAAUGUAUGCAUAGAAGACGUUCUCACGAUUUUUUAGAUUGACAAGUUGGUACGGGUCUGCAUCAAAGACGGAAAGAAGGAAAAAGCGCGGAAAAACGUCCUUUCGGCGCUGGAAACCAUCAAGAGAAGACAGUACAAAGCGUGGCUGAAGAACGAGUCUUCGCCUGAUACAGCUGGGGUACAUUUUCACGAUAUAUUAUUUCAACUUUUCCAAUUUUUGAGAAGCUUAAAAGUUGAAAUUCUAGUCUAUUGGUAGAGAAAAUUGAAUUUAUAUCCUUGUAUACAGCUUAAAAAACUACCUUAUUUACAGCAUUCUUUGCUCUUGAAAACUGUAAAAAAGGUCUCGUAGCAAAAUUUGUAAAAAUUUGAUCUAUUUCGGUAUACGGUAUUUUUUUUUCGGUAAUCUCGACUUUUUUUUAAACUUUUCUCCGAGUGGAAGUUCAUGUGAGCGACAAAAAUUGGUCUCAAUACGAGGUUUCUAAAAUUGGAGGAAAUUUUUUGGAAAUCGCGGCUAUUUAGUAGUUGUUCUUGCUCAUCAUUCUUUGUGUAUUUAUCGUUUUCCAUAUUUCUAUUCAUUAUCAGAGAAGUUUUUGAAGAUAUCUGAGCGAAGUUUUGCUCAUUCUUUUCCUCACCUGGUACGAUAACGAAAAAUUCUAAUUGUUAAAAAAAUUGCUAUUUGGUCGUUUUAAACCUUUUUUUCACAAGCUUCAGUUUUUUCAUUUCGUUGAGGCUUUAUUGUAGAUUGUGAAGCCGAUUUUCAACCUAAUUGGAUAUUUUUUUUGUGGUUCGAAGUAUGGACUGUUAAAAUUCCUUGGAUUCGAAUUUUAAGGCGUGAAAAUCUUCGAUGAUCUUGGAUACCUUUAUUUUUUGAAUAUUGUAUUACUUAUUACGUGAAAACUGGUAUGGAACUUAUCCUUUCAGAACUUUCCGUAUAAAUUAAAGAGAGUCACAGUUAAUCGUAAUACUGUAUGUUCCAGGAAGCCAACAAAGUGGAGUUAGAUCCAUUCGUAAUUGCGAGAAAAGCCAUCAAGAACUGCUAUCCGUUGAUGAAGCUCCAAGGAGUGACCAGAGGUUCUUCGAGGAAAAAAGAAGAUCUUUUUUAUUAUGCUCAUUUACAGGAGGCACAACUUACCAGGUUCCCUUUCCCAUCGAACAGCCUGAGGCCGAAUUCCGAGCCAUGAAAUCCAUGCGCGACAUUUGCCGAGGCAGAGCCAAGCACGGAGAAACUCAUUUCAAGUGAGUUUUAGAAGAAUGGAAUAGUUUGAAAAUUUUGGAAAGUUUUUAUAAUAUAUUGUACACCGAUUUGAAACAAUAGUUAAGUUUAGGCUUUUUUUAAACAUUUUUUUCCAUACUUGCGCAAAAAUAGAUUCCUCCGUUCCGGGUGAAGCUGAUGACAAAAAUCAUCCCAAUCUCGAUUUCUCAAGCUGGAAUAUUUUUACUUUUAAGAGUUAUCACUUAAUUUGGCUCCCAAAUCUUAAUAUCGUGAAUACAUUCUUUUUCCUGCCUCAGAAAAGAAUUUGACCUCAUCCUUUUCCAGGGAUAUCCUAGCCAACGAACUCCUCGCCGCCUACCAAAACGAAGGAUUGACGAUUCAAGCCAAACAGGAACUCCACAAAACUUGCGAGGCGAACCGUGCCUACGCACAUUACCGGUCAUGA